AUGUCCUACCUCGGCACUCAAAGAUUUCCUUACGAGCUCGAGUUCCCCAUCGAUGACUCCGAUAUUGAAGAUCCCCGACGCUACCAAGAAGGCGGAUUCCACCCAAUCGUUCUUGGUGACCGACUCGGCCCUUGCUCCAACGGCCGCUUUCGCGUUGUCAACAAGCUCGGCGCCGGCGGCUACGGCACCGUCUGGCUGUGUCAAGACACCCACCACAAGCCUAUCACCGUGACCAAAUGGCGUGUCGUCAAAGUUAUUGCCGCCGAAAAGUCUACCCCCGACUGUCCCGACCUCAAGAUCCUCGACCAUUUCCGCCAUGUCGACCGUUCCACCCUCGACGCCUUUGGCAUCUGCCUUCCAAUCGAGCAUUUCUGGCUGACCGGCCCCAACGGCCACCAUUUGGCCCUCGUUUUUCCCUGGCACGGCUGCACACUCGAGACCGUUUCCGACUACUACAGCUUCCAUACCGCCCUGAUCAAGGACAUGGCCUUUGAGCUCGCUGAAUCUCUGCGCUUCAUGCACUCGCAAGGACUUUGUCAUGGCGACUUCCGACCCUGCAACGUUCUCCUCCGUCUACUGCCAGGAGCCGACGAAAUGCCCGAGUCGGAACUCUGGGAAGUUCUGCCCGAACCGCAAAAAGUCCGCAUCAUCCGAAUUUGCGACGACAAAGUUUUCGACGAGCUUCCUUCUGCCGAUCGGCCGAACAAUAUACCGGAAUACAUUGUCGCCCCCGUCGAACUCUCGUUUGUAUCCGGUCUCUACACCCGCCAUCCCGUCCUCAUCGACCUCGGUGUCUCUUUCCCUUCCCAACAGCCACCACAGGAAGGCACGACAGGCAUUCCCAUCUCCUUUGCCGCUCCCGAGUCCGUCUUUCGCACCUUGGACAAUACCUGCCGCCCCCUCCUCGGCCCUGCCAGCGACAUCUGGUCUCUCGCUUGUACCCUCGCUCAUCUCCGAGUCUCGUGCAAUCCCUUCCAAUCUGACGACGCCAACCUGUCCUCGGUUGCUAGAAGCUGGGAGGAAACACUCUCCCCGCUGCCAGAGCCCUAUCGCUCCAAAUACCGCGAAAUCAAGAACAUCGAGACGCCGCUGGACGAAGUGUGGGGCGAUAAGCCCGUUAGCCAGCUUGAUCCUGUCGUCGACCCGAAAGCGGUGUACGAGGGCCGAGCAGAACGAAGACUUGGGAGAUGCGGUACCCGGAAUUGGUUCAAGGAACGCAUGAUGCGGGUGAGACGGUUGGAGAUAUUUCCGGAGGUGGCGAGUAAGAUGCUGGAGGAGGAAGAGGAGGCAGACUCAAAGAUGAAGGAGAUGUUGCCCUUUGACGAGGACAUGGAAGUGGUGGACAUUUAUGAACAGGGCAUGCAAGUGAAAAUGAAAAAGGAAGAGAUUGAGCUAUUUUGGGACCUGUUGGAGGGAUGUUGGAGGUGGAAGCCGGAAGAGAGGGUGAGCGUCGAGGAGAUGGUGAGGCACCCGUGGUUUGAGGGACGACAGCCGAGGAUGAUUCCGAAGCCAGGCCCGUGGAGGAUUGUGGUCAGGGUACUGUGGUCCUUCCGGGACUGUAUCAGGACGUUCGCCAGUGGCUGGUUUGAUGGUGGCAGGGUAGAAGAUUGGUCGCUCACCGUUACGAAGUUGCCUCCCAAUGUCGUGACGGCAUAUAAAACAAUUGGCAAGUUCUUCUUUGCGUUAUUCGGGUCUCUCACUCCAUCUGCGCUGCGCAAGAAGCUCAUUUGGAGACCCAAGACAUUUCCGUCCAUCAGUCCUCCAGGUACACCGAGGCAGGCCCCAGCAGACUCGACGGAUUGGGAGACAUGGUGA